AUGGCCCUCCGAGCUUUCUUGGUGCUCCUGAGCUUCGCGGGUGCUGUUGGGGAGGACGUGGCCGGCGCUUUGGCGUCGGAUGACACGUGCGCCGCCGGGCAAGACUGCAGCCUCGAGCUCCACCAGCUGCGUGGCAUGAAGGUCAACUACCUGGAGGCUUUGGAGGAUGCCUCUGACGAUGAGGAAGAUGAGGAGGAAGCCGUGUACAUAGAAGAGGAGGCCGAGGUGGAGGGCGGCGGAUGCACCAAUCCCAAAGACAUGAAGGUGUGGAAGAAAGGUGGAAAGAAGACCUUCGAUGCGUCCCUGAACCACUGUGGCCGCUCCUGCGCCGCCGGCUUCCCAUGCACCAAGGACCGCCAGCCGCGACGGCUCUGUGGAAUUCAGGAUUGCAUGCAGAAGAAGGGCUACUCGAGCAACUGCGCGUCCUGCAUGGCCCAGUUGGUGGGCUGCUCGAGGGACCACUGCAUGAAUCAGUGCAUCACCAACGACAAGUCUCCCGCCUGCACGCACUGCGUCAAGUCCAGCUGCCGCCCCAAGAUGAAGGCUUGCAGUGGGCUCAACGCCGGCGGUGGGUCUGAUGCCUUGGUUUUGCUUUUCCAGGAGCUUGCAACAGGAUUUUGCACGCUGUCGGAAGACACUAGCAUCGCAGCAGUGCUGCGAGGCCCUUACCGCGGCUUCCGGGGGACCGCCAAGCUCAGCGGUGGGCAGAUGCAGGUCAUCCUGGCAAACGGCACUGCGUUGGAGGUAGAGGUGACGGAUUGCAACAUCAUCCGGGAGGACCUGCAAGCCAUCCGAGAGGAGUGGCGCGACGAAACGGUGCCGGCAACAGGCACCUGCGCCGGGCUCUUUGAUGCCGAGUUGGCUUGCACCCAGGAUGGCUGCUCCGUGAUCGUGGCCCCCGAGUCCUUCCUGAGUUGCGACAGGUACUGCCAGGCACACAGCAUGCACUGCCACAAGGCCUGGAGAACCCGGCGCGGGCAGUGCGAGCACGAGGAGGCGGUGGACUGUCGCUACGGGAUGCCGACACCACAACAGCUGAGGGGCAACGAGCGGUUGCUCUGCCGCUGCCAACCUCUCGCCAAGAGUCGGCUGGGCCAGCAGGUGGCCGUGGGCUCGAGGGUGGUGCUGCUCUCCGGCAGCCACCGGGGUGCGGCGGGGACUGCGCUGGCACCUCCAGGCCCAGACGGCCACGUCAAGGUCCACGUCCAGGAGCUGCUUACCCUGCACAAGGAGAGCUUCCAAGGAGUCGAGAACGGCCGGGCGACGGGGAGGUCCGUCUCUUGCGACGAGCUCCGCAUGGGCGAGCUCGUGGAGAUCAGCGCCGGCUCCCACGAGGGCCAGCGUGGGGCGGUUCUGAAGUGCGAUCCGGUGUCGGACCGCUUCAGCGUGAGCCUCGGCCGCGCCGUGGAGGUGUCGGCGUUCGACACCGAGGUCCUUAGUUGCGCGGCGUCGGGCACGGGGCGGAACUGUUCCGCGGACCGCUGCAAGACGGAGCUCAUGGAUGACCCUGAAGCCUCCUGCCACGAGCACUGCGAUAGUCAGGGCCUCCACUGCUUGCGGGCCUGGCGCAAGGGCCACGACCACUGCCAACAGGACGGCCUCCUCCCCUGUGACCACCGCCGUGGGGGAAACAAGGUCUGCGAGUGUGUGCCACAGGUGCGACCAGACCUCUGCUUCCAGAAGGGCCUCACGUAUCUGCCCUUGAACAUGGCGAAGCAAAGCCGCAGCCACGAGACCGAUGCCCUCAGCUGCCAGCGGCGCUGUGCCAAGGUCUUUGGCUGUGCACAUUUCUCCUACUUUACUGACGGUGGCUGCCACCUCCAGGACGAGAAGGCCGAGCUCCAAGGCAGCGACGGCGUGACCUCCGGGCCGGCCUCCUGCCUUCUGCAGCCUGCGCACUCUGAGCACCACACAGCGUGCCUCACCGAAGGCGUCGGCUACGCCCCUUUGGACAUGCACGGCCAGGCGCGCAGCCAUGGAACCCUGGCGAAGUGCCAGCAGCGCUGUGCGGACGUCAAGGGCUGUGCCCACUUUUCUUUCUGGUCCGAUGGUGGCUGCCACCUACAGGACCACCGGGCCGUGGCCAAAGCAAGCCCUGGCACCACGUCAGGGAAGCCCGGCUGCUCACUCGAGGAAGGUGCCCGAACGGAGGGCGAGGCGAAGGAUGAGGCGGAGGCCUGCGCCAAUUUCGUGGAUGUUCAGGACCACUGCGAGGUCGCACAUGGUUGCAAGGUGGUGGUGACACACAUGGAGCAUCGGUCAUGCGACGUUUACUGCAACGACGAGGGCCUGGGCUGUGCCGGUGCCUGGACGGGUGCAAGCUGUAGCUCUGGGCAUCGCCAGGACUGCGACAGGCUCGGCAGUGCGACCAUGACUUGUCACUGCACCCACAGAUCCAGUGCGGAAGGUGAGCCGGAGAACCGCGCCCAGCACCUCGGAGGAGGGGAGCGUGGGGAGCGCGGGGAGCGCGGGGAGCAGGAGGAGCAGGAGGAGCAUGGAGAGCAGGAACAGCAGGACUCCUGGGGCUUCCACUGCAACGCGGACUCGGAUGUGGAGUCCUGGAGUGCCGAGAGGCGCUGGUGGUGCUGCCGGGAGAUGGAAGUGGGCUGUGUGGAGACUCCUACGAGCUACACUUGCAGCCCCUCUGGGGACUUCCAGUUCUGGGAGGAGGACAAGAGACGCUUCUGUUGCCGAGAGGAGGGUGUUUGCGGCCAAGACCGCGAGUCCGGCCGGUCCGUCCACUCCGACGACUCCGACGACUCCGACGAGUGCACGCAGCUCCUUCACCAGGAGGAGGAGGUCUCAGAGGCCAUGCGCAGCUGGUGCUGCGAACACCGGGGCCUCGGUUGCGACCAGUGCGACGCCCGAACGCUCGAGGACCGACUCUGGGUCGCUGGAGACGCGGAGGUGGUGCCGAGCCCUCGGUACGUGGGGAAAUGGCUGAGUUUUAUAGGAGAAGCCUUUCGCAGUUACUAA